GGGGCCAGCUACCAGCGCCACCAUUGCCGGGAUGCCGCGGGUGUACAUCGGCCGCCUGAGUUACCAGGCCCGGGAGCGCGAUGUGGAGCGCUUCUUUAAGGGCUACGGGAAGAUCCUGGAGGUGGAUCUGAAGAACGGGACUGUGUGCCAGAGGGAGGCCUCCACAAGGAGGGGCCCUACAGAAAGGAGUAUUGCAUGCAGCCUGAAAACCUGUUCCCCUAUUUUAAUUCAUGAAAUGGCCCAUCUCAAGGGAAGGACAUCCUGAAGAAAUAGUGUGAGGAGUAGCAUCUUAACCAGAACUGAGCAUGAAGGAGGCUCCGACCGCACCCCAGGGGCAGGGGUGGCUAUGAGGGACGCAGAACAGACGAGCUGGUCCCAGAGGCAUCGCCUUUCUGAGGCUUUAGCACCUGGCAGCCAAUUCAGUGUGUUGGUCUGGAGUCUGUUAUGUUCUGAACCCACACAUGUUUUCGGAAGGACCAGAUGGCUGACACUGACUAAUGGGAACCAAAAGACAAGAGUGAAAGUAACCUGGUUGUCACAUGCCCCCAGCUUAGAGGUGCUCCACCCUGCCCCAAGAACAAUUUCUUUUUUCCCUGGAGUCUUCACCCGCUGUAUCAAAAAACUACUUCAGCAUGGCUUCUCUGAGGUGGGGAAAAAUCAAGUGCAGACUGAGCUGUGGCCAACGUGUGCAGACCAGGAAUCCACACUAGCUCUAAUCAGAGAGCUGUUGGUGUGCGGAGCUGCCAGUUUGCCGACGUGAAAAGAGCCCCAGACUGGCUAAUGGUGAGCCCUGAAGUCGCACCCCAGCUCUGCCACUCAGUGAGCACGGCAACAUCCCUAAUCCUGACCAGCCAUGGAGAGGUUCGGUUCUUACCAGGAAAAUGAGUGAAUGUGGGAAUGGCUCACCACAUUGGGAAAACAAAACACAUCCUGCUGAUGGUUGGCUGAGGACUGUCAUGUCCACAUACAAAGAAAAAGCAUGUGGCACAGUUUUAGGACAAAGAUAUGGUUUUGUGGAGUUUGAUGAUCUGCGUGAUGCAGAUGAUGCUGUGUAUGAACUCAAUGGCAAAGACCUUUGUGGUGAGCGAGUAAUAGUUGAGCAUGCCCGAGGCCCACGUCGAGAUGGCAGUUACGGUUCUGGACGCAGCGGCUAUGGUUAUAGAAGAAGUGGCCGAGAUAAAUAUGGCCCUCCCACCCGCACAGAGUACAGACUUAUAGUGGAGAAUUUGUCAAGUCGGUGCAGCUGGCAAGACCUAAAGGAUUAUAUGCGUCAGGCAGGAGAAGUGACUUACGCAGAUGCUCACAAGGGACGCAAGAAUGAAGGGGUGAUUGAAUUUGUGUCUUACUCCGAUAUGAAAAGAGCUUUGGAAAAGUUGGAUGGAACAGAAGUCAACGGCAGAAAAAUCAGAUUAGUUGAAGACAAGCCUGGCUCUCGACGGCGCCGAUCCUACUCCAGGAGCCGGAGCCAUUCCAGGUCUCGCUCCAGAAGCAGACAUUCCCGGAAGAGCAGAAGCCGAAGUGGCAGCAGCAAGAGCAGUCGUUCUAAGAGCAGAUCCCGGUCCAGGUCAGGUUCCCGUUCCCGGAGCAAGAGCCACAGCCGCAGUAAGAGCCGCAGCCGCAGCAAGAGCCGCAGCCGCAGCAAGAAGGAGAAAAGCAGGAGCCCCAGCAAAGAUGCUGAGAGCCGCAGUCGCAGCCGCAGCGCCGGCCAGAGCCGCAGCAAGAGUAAAGAUCAGGUGGAAGAGAAGGCCCAGGACAGUGACAGCGCCAGCAAGCCCAAAAGCCAGAGUCCCAGUCGGCAUAAAAGUAAGAGUAAAAGCCGGAGCAGGAGUCCAGAGCGGAGAGAGGGGGAGGGGACGCACAGGGGCGGGAGCAGGAGCCGGAGCCAGGAGAAGAGUGACCGCCGGAGCCAGAGCAAAGGGGGCAGCAGGAGCCGCAGCAGGAGCCGCAGCAAGAGCAAGGACAAGAGACGGGGAAGGAAAAGGAGCAGGGAGGAGAGCCGCAGCCACAGCCGCAGCCGCAGCGUGAGUCGCAGCCGCAGCCGGAGCCACAGCAAAAGCGAGAGGAGCAGGAAGCGAGGCAGCAAGCAGGACAGCAAGACAGGCAGCGGCAAGAAGAAGAAAGAAGACACUGAGCGCUCCCAGUCCAAGUCGCCAUCCCGCUCGAGGUCAGAGGAGCAGGAACAGGCCAGAUCCGACUCUGGCCGGAGGGAAGGCCAAGGAGAGAGCGAGGAUGCUGCCCCCAAGCAGGAGGGCCGGUCCAGGUCAAGAUCCAAUUCCAAAUCAAAAGCAAACCUUCCGUCAGAAUCACGUUCCCGAUCAAAGUCUGUUUCGAAAACCCAAUCACGAUCCAAGUCUCGGUCCAGAUCUGCUUCCAGAUCGCCCUCCCGGUCGCGAUCCAGGUCCUAACUGGUCGCGGCCAUGGCUGGAACCACCGAAGUCUUUUGUACAUGUUUGGUAGCUGUAGCACAAGUGAUUGAAGUAGAACACGUCACUGCUGUACAUUUUUAACUCCCCUAAUGGUGUGUCUAUAAUUGUUAAAUCUAAGUGCUUCCUCUCAGUAAAGCCUCCUGCUCGACUGAAAAAAAAAGAAAAA